AUCUUCAGUUUUGCAUCUCAACCCAAACUGAACGCAGAUUGUGUGUUGCAAAGACAGGUCCCUUCGUCGCAGAUCGUUCGUGCGUUUGUUCGAUUCCGUACCCGUUUCAACUCGCGAAUCUUGUUUGAUCGUGUUCGGUGUGUGUGCUUUUGGUGUCGUUCUCCGUCGUCCGCAGUCGGGAAGGUGAAUUUUCCAGCCGCGAAAAAAUCGCUGUCGAGCUGGCAGAAACGAGAAAAAAAAAUCGUCGGUGAAAGAACUCCAGAUUUGGCUUAUGUUGACAGGUUUUACGACGCAAACAAGUGCGAUUGUUUGUUUACUGUGCGGGGGUGGCGAUUGGAGUGUGCGUUACGUUGGGGAAAAGUGUUUUGCUGAAGAUUUGAAAGCAAAAGUUGGGAUUUUCGUCGCUUUGAAAAGAUUUUUUGUCAAUACAAAAGGUUAUUAAUGGUCUCAAGUGCGAACACCAACACAUGGACAGGGGCGACCAACCGUGGUGGCCGCACUCCUCUGGAGAAGUGUGAUUAAAGUGUGAAGAAACCGAACACGUGUGCAUGUGUAUGUUGUUAAUGAAAACAUAGGACCACCAUACAGACGCAGCGUGGCUAGUGCAAGAAGAGAGUGAAAAAAUAUUUUAAAAAAUGUAGGCAUACACUGUUUUUGGACAUCAACUAAUACAUCGGACCUUUGCUGCUAAAUCAAUGAAAAGAUAGUUUUUGCAGCCUUGCAAAUUCCUCAAUCGGGAACGGGCGAUUACCGUUUUACUUUUCGUCUUGGAGAGAUUUUUUUUCGUUUCUGAAAAGAGAAGAAGUUAAAAUGUACAGAGUAGUCGUACACUGAAGCGGGUUAUAUUCGGUUGAAGAAGCGAACUACGGUGAAGAGUCGUGACAACCGCCAAUUAUCUUGCCUGUGCGAAGAGAAAAACCUGUCGAAAUAUGGAAACGCUUACCGAAAGCAGCAUCGCUCCGGAACUUCGGAACGAUUCGGUGAUUCCGACGUCACCGGACGAGGAACGCACCUUACAUCAUCGCCACCACCAUCAUCACAACAACAAUAAUGAUGACGAUGACGAUCUGGCCAACAUAAUCCAUCCGGGAAACCUCCACGAAGAACAGUCCCAGUCCUCCCAGGACAGCAAUAGUCUUAUGUCCCCUCCACCAGGUGGUGGCGGUAACGAAGACCCUCCAGAAGAAUGCAUCGAAAACAUUGCCAAGGAGCUGCAGAACAACAGCUGUUCGGACAAUGGUUCAACAGACGAGGGAUCUCAGCCGGAAGCCCUCCACAAUACCGAUUCCAGCAGUAUACCGGUACUGGGUUCGGAAAACCCAGAAGGUAGCACAUCACCGCUGGUCGCGACCACCGGCCAGAAAAUUCACAUUGCACCUGUCUCGAACGGAAGUCUGCUAUCGAAGGGUGCCGGUACCGGUGGUAAACCGACGACCAUGAGGGAUCUUGACCGAAAGAUGAACAAAUCGAGAGGCCGGCCGAAGCGGCGCGCAAUGGUCGCCAUGUAUCAAAGUGAGAUCAGUGAAAACAAGAUCGGCAUAAAGCUGUGUAUAAAGAAGGCAUCUGAUGCGAUAGUACAACAACCAAAGAAAGCGAGCCGCAAGCGGGCCCGCAAGUCCAAGCAAGGCCUUACCACCGGAGACGGGGACAGUGACGAUGGGACACCGGAGAAGCGCGUCCGCCGGCCCCGAGAAUCCCGCAAGACCAACAACAACACCGAGAAGGCGGCUGGUGCUGCGGCUGCGGCCUCGGAAGAGUACAAGCGACCCGAGGAUCAGAGCGUCUGGGCGGACCAGAUCCCCGAGCAUGUACUCUGCAUGAUAUUCCAAAACGUCAUCCAAGACGACGGCAACAUUCCAGCGCUCAUCCGGUUAGGCAAGGUAUGUUCGGCCUGGCACAAAGCUUCCCAAGUGGCCUCGCUGUGGCGCACGGUAGAUCUCGGCAACUGGACCAAGGAUCGGUUCAAGACGGAAAUCAAGCUGAAGUGGCUCAUCGAUAACCGGCUACGGCACAGUACGGAUGUCAGCUUUGGUAACUGGAAGAUCACGAACGUUCAGUGCGUCCUCGAUAGGCUACUGUUGGCUGCGCCCAACCUUGUAGGAAUCACGUUGACCGGCUGGAAACAGCUCACGUCAGACCACCUGAUGUGGCUCGUGCAGGAGUUCAAGAGCCUCCGAAGAAUAGAUUUGAGCUCAAUUAAUGCCGAAGUUAACGCCAACAAGACCGCCGUUGGCCAGGUUUCGCUGUGUAAUGCCAUUACGGAGAUGGGUGAGCGGUUAACGCAUCUCUACCUGGCGCACAACCGGUUGAGCGGAAUCCCGCAGAUCGUCAAGGCCCUUUCGACCCAGUGUCCCAACCUGGCUCUGCUGGAUCUGUCCAACGUAAGUACAAUUGCCAUCUCGCACGGUAUACUCAACAUCGAGCAGCUGCAGUCCGGCUGCCAAAAGCUGAAGGUCCUGCGGAUAACCAACUCCCACAUCAACCUGAGCUCGGCAACGCUUCAGGAACAGAUGGAAUCUCCCGGCUUCCCGGAGCUGGAGGAACUGUCGGUGGCGUCCCUGGCGGACGAAUCGCGCCUCUUCAACGACGAGUUCCUGCAGCGGAUCCUCAAAACCAGCACCCAGCUAAAGCUGCUGGACGUGCGGGGUUGCUCGCGGUUGACCCACGACAGCCUCAUUCGGUUACCCACCUGGGACCUCAAGCAUCUCUUCCUCUCCGGGUGCUCGAUCACGCGGGACCUUGGUUCCGGCCUGGAGUUGAUCGCUUCCAAGUGGGCUCACAGCCUGAUCGAGUUCGAUCUAGCCUGGGCCAACGCCACCAAACCACUGGAUGAGGCCCUCGUAGCCCUCGCCGAUAAGGGUUCCGAGUCCCCGUUGAACCACCUGAACCUGUGCGGUUCGUCGGUAUCGCUGGAAGCGGUCAAGGAGGUACUCACCAACUGUCCCCACAUCAACUCGAUCAAUCUGUCCUCCUGUCGGGGGCUUCCACGGGGCGUCAAGCGUCUGCUGCAAGGACCCACAGAAAUUGCCGAGCUGCGCGAGAACCUGGGCGUGACGCUGAAGCAGCCCAAGCCGGAUGCCUAAGCGCGCAAGUGUGAUAACUGGGGACUCCUUGGAAGAGAUUACGAUCUGUGAGUGUGAUUACGAGAAUGUAAAUAUUACAGAUAAGUUCGGAAUGUUAGUGUCGGCUGAAAACAUCACAGAAUGGAAUGAAGGCUGCUUUUUUGUUUAUUUUUGAACCAUAGACUAACCUGACAUAACGUGCUUCUGAAGAUUGGCACAACAAAAGUUCACGCAGAAAAAUGUUUUGUAGAAUCAGCCUGUACGAGGUUUGAAUCAACAAAA